AUGUCCGGUGAGAGGGAGUCGCCUUUUCCCGAGUACUACUAUUGUGGGAACACCGGUGAGUUUAAAAUAGACUUUGAUGAAUGUUCCGGAAAUGAACCCCGUGGAGAGUUCGACUUUCUUGACCACGCGCCUGCAACUUCACACGGGACCUAUCUGGAUGGAGUUAAUGAAGGCCUUGAGCCUUUGGAGGAUUAUCAACCUGGUGGCUUUCACCCAGUUCAUCUUGGUGACACACUCGGCCCAUCGCAAAGGUACCGUGUCAUUCAUAAACUAGGCCAUGGUGGCUUCGGAACUGUGUGGCUCUGCCGAGAUACGCAGGAUUCGGGAUAUGUCGCUGUCAAAGUCAUGGUUGAGGAGGCAAAACAACAUGAUGUUCAAGAUCUGCUCAUAAAAAACCUUGAUCGGUCGGUUCCUGGGGCAGAUAACAUUGCCAUUCCUCUGGAUUCCUUCUCAAUGGACGGACCGAAUGGCUCCCACCAAUGUAUCGUGCUGCCAGUUCUCGGCCCGUGUGUCUCGCCUAAUUUAUGGCUACAGCUAGAGAAGGAUCCUGGGCCUAUACUUCGAAAAAUGUCGUACCAGGCUGUUCUUGCCAUGAAAUGGCUACAUACAAAUGGCUUUUGCCACGGAGAUUUUCGACCUUCUAAUAUUCUUGUUAAGCUGAAUGACCUCAACCAUUUAUCUGAAGAGCAGUUGCUCUCACUAUUAGGUCAUCCUGAAAAGGCCUACGUGCGUACAGAGUCAGGUGAAGACCUUCCAGCUUCUUCGCCACAGUAUCUGAUACUUCCAGCGGAUAUCUCCCGACUGGGUAGCAAGUACCUAAGUGAAGAAAUUUGCAUCAUUGAUUUCGGCGAAGUGUUCCCAAUCUUAUCGCCCCCAGAGGAUCUAGGAAUACCUGAGAAUUAUCUUCCACCUGAGGUCCUAUUGGAGCAAGAGAAUGCUAUCGGCCCGGCCUGUGAUAUUUGGGCGCUUGAAUGCACGCUUUUCGAAAUUCGCCAACAAGUCCCGCUUUUCUACAUGAUUUAUGACAUCGAUGAACUCCUGGCAGAAAUGAUACGCUUAUUUGGUAAACCUCUACCAGCCUGGUGGGACAAAUGGGAGGCACGAGAGGAUUUCUUUGACGAUCAGGGGAAGUGGCUUCGUGGUCGUGCUGACACGCAAGAAUUAUCACUAGAGGUGGUAUUGAACAAUCUCGUUGAAAUUGUCGCUCCCGAGAUGAAGAAAUUGAUUACAUCAAAGAAAGAGCAGGGUUUGAUGGCAGACCUCCUGCACAAGAUAUUGGCCUAUGACCCUGAGCAACGUCUAAGUGUUGAUGGUGUACUGAAUCACGAAUGGUUUAAGAUGGAAUGA